CUCAUCCUUUCUUAACCUUCAAGCAUCUCCUUAUUAGUUUAGUCAUCAAAAACCCAGCUUCGACUGGUUGCCUUCACGCACCAAGAUGAUCUCGAAAGAGUCGCGUUCUUUUGCUUUUGCUGGAUGGUUCUGUGAUGCGAGAAUACUCCCUGAUUCUUCAGCCUCCUCCCAUUUGCUUUUGCAGCCGAACCUUUCUAUCAUCUGCCUCAUCCUCCAAACUCGAAAGCCGUAGAGAAACCCCAGUCUUUUAAACGUACAAGCAUGGCCAGACCCAGCUCUCUUCUUCAUCUUCUUGCUCGCGUUGCUCUUGCCGUCUCCGUCUUUCUUGGCCAUGGUGUCCUCCAUGUUAGGGGCUCUCGCAGAGUCAACUGGAAUUUGCAGAACACCGUUGAGUCCACCUCCGUGCUGCAGCCUUACCGGACUUCAUAUCAUUUCCAACCUUCUCUCUCUCUCUCUCUGGCACACAAGUCGGUAUCUGCUGCGAACGUAGCUAACAGUUUUCUUUUGUUUUGCUGGUUCAAUCUUCGUGUCGAUUUGAUGCGUUCUGGUAAUGAAACGGACAAACCUGUUUCAUGGGAUUCUCCGAUCCAAAUGGGCCAAUGAUUUACAAGGGCAUAUACCAUCUGUUUUACCAAUACAACCCGCAAGGCCCGGUACCGGGCCACAAAGUCUGGGCCCAUUCCACGUCGACAGACCUCGUGAACUGGACCCCACAAGUCCCUGCCAUCGUCCGGUCUCAGGUAUACGACAUCAAUGGCUGCUGGUCGGGCUCGGUCACCUUCCUCCCGGGGCACAGGCCGGCCAUUCUCUACACCGGAGUCAACCUCCAGCACCAGCAGGGCCAAAACUUGGCAGUGCCCAAGAAUUUAUCGGACCCUUAUCUGAUCGAAUGGGUGAAAUCACCCCUCAAUCCUCUGAUGGCAAGCACGGCCGCGAACGGUAUCAAUGCAAGCUCAUUCAGAGACCCCACCACCGCUUGGGUGGGCCGUGAUGGGCGGUGGAGGGUCAUCAUUGGGAGCAAACGAGACAGGAUGGGAAUGGCCCUUUUGUACAGAAGCAAAGACUUUGUUCACUGGACCCAGGCUCAACGCCCACUUCACUCUGCUGAGAACACUGGGAUGUGGGAGUGCCCAGAUUUUUUCCCAAUCUCUGCUCAAGUCCCUGUUGGCUUGGACACCUCAAGUAAUGGACCAAAUGUUAAGCAUGUGCUCAAGGUGAGCUUGGAUGACACUAAGCAUGAUCACUACACCAUCGGGACUUACAACUCCAGCACGGAUAAGUACGUUCCCGACGAGGGAUCAGUAGAGAGUGACUCGGGGUUGAGAUAUGAUUAUGGCAAGUUUUACGCUUCCAAGACCUUCUUCGAUAGCAAGAACAACCGGCGGAUCUUGUGGGCUUGGAUCAACGAGUCGUCCAGUGUGGACGAUGAUAUCAAGAAAGGAUGGUCCGGAGUCCAGGCAAUUCCAAGGACCCUUUGGCUAGACAAAUCUGGAAAACAGUUGGUGCAGUGGCCAAUAGUGGAAAUAGAAAAGCCACGUACCAACCAAGUUGAUUUGCCCAACAAAUUGAUUAAGGGAGGAACAGUUCUUGAAGUGUCUGGUAUUACAGCUGCACAGGCGGACGUAGUGGUCUCGUUUAAAGUAAAAGAGCUCGAGAGGGCAGACUCGUUAGACCCAACUUGGACCGACCCACAAAUGCUUUGUAGCCGAAAGGGUGCUUUAGUUAAAGGUAGUCUUGGACCAUUUGGAUUACUGGUCAUGGCUUCAAAAGGCUUGCAAGAAUACACAGCAGUUUUCUUCAGAAUUUUCAAAGGCCAAAACAAAUACGUCGUCCUCAUGUGUAGUGACCAGAGCAGAUCAUCCCUAAACCAUAGCAAUGAUAAGACCACUUAUGGAGCAUUUCUGGAUGUGGACCCUCUUCAAGAGAAGUUGUCGUUGAGGACCUUGAUUGAUCAUUCUAUCGUGGAGAGCUUUGGUGGUGGAGGGAAGAGUUGCAUCACAGCUAGGGUUUACCCUCUAUUGGCGGUGGAAGAUGGAACCCACUUGCAUAUCUUCAACAAUGGGAAUCAGAGUGUUGGAGUACCAAAGUUGAGUGCUUGGAGUAUGAAGAAAGCUAGAAUCAAUUGACUAAUACCGAGCAUUUCGAUCAAGCGCAAGAGGUGCUGCAUUGAUAACCAUAGCAGAUGAAUGAGCAUUCCGUGCCCUCGAUUACUACUGGUACGCUCCCUCGUAUCGUAUGUUUUGAAGCUUCGAUUCACUCAUAUAGGAGCAUUCAAUCAAGCGUAAGAAGCGCCACAUCCAUACCUGCCAUUUUUCUAUAGGAUUUGUCAAGCAGCUCUCUCUUGAAAUCCCCUCAUUGGUCCUAGUUCCCAUCACUUCGAGCUCAGAGAUGGACUCUCCAUCAUGGUUAGACCUAUCGAAUAAGGUCAAGUUUGGGUCUAGUUAUAAAUGGUCCAACCCAAAAACUCGUUAAUCUAUUUAUGACCUAUUUGUUCGUAAUGUAAAUCUAUUGACUAAACCUAUACUUGAUCCAACCCAUGUUAUUAUAAUACUUUCAUAUUUAAUCCAAUGUAGGAAAACUCAUAACUAAAUUGAAGUGAGA